CAAUGUAAUAACCGCCGUUUUUUUCAUUUCUUCAUUUCAUCACCAGCUAGCAUUUAAACUGAAACAUUACUGCCAGAUAGGUGGAACCGGUCAGCUCGGGCUUUUUGCGCUUGGUUUGACAGCCUGAACUACUAUUCAGUGGCGAUAACUUUAUUAGUGUGGAUUUACUUGCUGCACCAGGAAGGAGAGAGCCAGCAGGAUGGAUUUCACAGAGGAAAACAUGACACCAAAGGAGAUGCUGGAGAAAAUAGCUGAGCUUGAUUACAGCCAGAGUCAGCUGAGGGAGCUGAACACUGAGAUGAGGCACUGGCUAGAUGUAGCAGAUGAUGAUAUGGCAGUGCUGCGCUCAGACAACACCGCUCUGAGGAAACAAGUGAAAGUCCUGGAGAAGAUGGUGAGUGAUGUUCAGCAGGUUGAAGCGGAGCCUUGCAGGUUGCUUCCGGCUGAUGACCCCGAUGUAAAGAGACGCAAUGAAAAACAUAUUCAGAAUCUGGAGAAGGAAUACACCAUUAUAAAGGAACACAAUAAGAAACUAACUGCGGAGAUCAAAAGCGUCCAGCAGCAAACAGAGCGGGACAAGAACAGCUUGAGCAAGUUAACUGUUGCACUUCAAACCCUCGAGUAUGAAAUUGAAGAGGCUCAAUUAGGGCUGCAGCACAGGGAAGAGUUAAUUAAUCAGAAAAACUUGAUGUUGAAGCAUGCAGAGGAAACAGUAGAAGAGUGUUCUGUCAUCAUACAGGAUCUCAAGCUGACAAAUCAGGAGCUAAGGAGGCAGUUGGAUAACCAACAGGAUGAAGCCUCGUUUGCUAUUCUGAAUGACAUGAUGGGAGAAAAGGAAGGAUCACAUGUUCCUCCUCUGUCGUUUGCAGAAGAAAUUAAGCUGCUGGCCUCUUCAGCUGAGGUGAAAAGCAGCAUGUCAGACUCCACAUAUAGAAGACAUGAGGAAACUGAGGCUGAGGAGCUGCUUGUACUUGGAAGUCUGACAUUCAACCCUCAGUACAAAAGGUGUGCAGUUGCCUUGGAGACGGCUGUUCAGAAGGCAGGACUGUUGAUGCUGUUCAUCUUCACUCUCGCUGUUUUGGCUUUUGUGGCUUCAGGAAGCUGCGCAGGAGACUUUUUUUCCAUCAACACCCUCUGGAGCAGUACACAUUUGAUGUUACAGCCCUACUGCAGGGUGCACUAUGGAGCCCUUCCACCCGUCUGAUCUAAACACUCCCAGUUAUAAACAUGUUAACUCUCUU